UGACAGGAAAGACGUCAUCACGUCGUUGGAACCCUCAGCUGUCAGACUUUGGCCACCCCGGCGAAGGUUUUGUUAGCAAACUAAGUCGAACUGCUCAGCUUUUUCAAAGUUUAAAGUUGUGCACCUUGCUGCUAGUCGUUCUUUGAGCAAGUUAUUGGCGCACUAGACUUGCACUAAGGCAAAUUGCCUUCUUUUUUUUUUUUUUUUUUUUUUUUUUAAUCGCUGCUAGAUCUUUGCACCCUCGAAGCAGCGUUCCAGAGCGGGUACAAGAGUAGAUGCAGGGAGGGAGGGAGUAGAGAAAAAGGCAAAAGUCUUUGUGCUUCCCUUCCCCCUCAUCAAAGCAAAGGGGAAAUGUCUCUAUCUAAAGCAGGUAGGAAGAAGAAUCCGGGGCCGAAGCUGCCCAUAGGAGCAUUUUCACCACUGCCCCCUCAAGCUACAGCGCCCCCUCGAGACCUUGACUCUAGAGCUUGUGUCACAAUUGGAGAUCAGAACUUUGUGGUGGAAGCAGAUGACUUGGAGCCAAUUGAAGAGCUGGGAAGGGGUGCCUACGGAGUGGUGGACAAGAUGAAACACGUCCCCAGUGGUGUGAUCAUGGCGGUCAAGAGGAUUCGCGCCACAGUUAAUAGUCUGGAGCAGAAGAGGCUUCUGAUGGACCUGGAUAUUUCCAUGAGAACAGUGGACUGCUUCUAUACUGUGACUUUCUACGGUGCCCUUUUUAGAGAGGGAGAUGUUUGGAUCUGCAUGGAAUUGAUGGACACGUCUUUGGAUAAGUUCUAUAAAAAGGUUUUUCAAAAAGGCCAAACAAUUCCCGAAGACAUCUUGGGCAAGAUCACAGUAGCAAUUGUCAAGGCAUUAGAGCAUCUGCACCAUAACCUCUCAGUGAUUCACAGAGAUGUGAAGCCCUCCAAUGUCCUGAUCAACGCUCAGGGCCAAGUGAAAAUGUGCGACUUUGGCAUCAGUGGCCACCUGGUGGAUUCUGUGGCCAAAACGAUGGACGCAGGCUGCAAGCCCUACAUGGCGCCUGAGAGGAUCAACCCUGACCUCAACCAGCAGGGCUACAGUGUCAAAUCAGACAUCUGGAGUCUGGGCAUCACCAUGAUCGAGCUGGCCAUUUUAAAAUUCCCCUACGACUCAUGGGGCACCCCGUUCCAGCAGCUCAAGCAGGUGGUGGACGAGCCGUCUCCACAGCUGCCUGCAGACCGCUUCUCCCCUGAGUUUGUAGACUUCAUCUCGCAGUGCUUAAGCAAGAAGCCAGAUGAAAGGCCAGCCUACACAGAAUUGAUGAAGCACCUGUUUUUCACCCUCCAUGACGCUAAAGAGACAGAUGUGGCCAGCUUCGUCAAGGUCAUCCUGGAUGAUUGAUGGGCUCACUCCAGGCUCCACCUCGUCAACCUGGGCGGGACCUGUCAUCAGAAGAACCAAUGGCCCCACCUGCUCCUUUUUUUUUUUUUUAAAUAAGUAAAGAAGAAAAAAAAACCUCACUGGAAUGAUGGACUCUCGUUCACCCACAGGAUGGGAGGGUAACUCAAAGACUGACAGCAGCUCUGGACAGGGAGAGCGGUGGUAUCGUGAACUUUUAUGGUCAACUGGAGAGGUUCCAUUCACUCCUCUAGGCUUCCUGUGUGAGCAGCUCUCCCACCUGACAAAAUAUGAACUUAAUCAAAUUAGCUGUUUUAAUCCUAUUUUUUUAUUUGCCCCCACCCUCCAUCUCUCUUUUCAGAAUGACAGAGCCAGCCCAUUAUAUGUUUGUGAAAUGUUGUUGAUGAAUUUCAUAUGCAAAACCAACAGUUAACCUGUAUGUUGCUGUGUGCUGAAAGCUGUAUUUGCGUAUUUGUUAUUCUUCCUCAUAAUACAGAUUUUCUUUUCCUUUUUUUUCCAUUUUUUUGUUUUUGAUACUCUUUGUGAUUGAUAAGUGUGAAUACUACGGGACUCGACCCUACCUUGUGUGAUCCACUUCUGCCAUGAUGUGAUUGGUCAGAGCAAGGGCUGCAGCCUGUGGGAGGCUCUGGGGCCAAGUUAAAAACUGAAUAAAAAUGUCAGAGGGUCACCUUCUGGGCAGGCCGAGUCAUUCCUGGAGCACCCGAUGGUGUGAAUGUAAAGCAUCCCAUAUCAACUUCUAUCAGAGGCUGUGACCACUCUGUAUUCUUCGUCUUUCUCGAGUAUCAAAGAGUCAGCUCCAGUGUUGUGAUUGUUACUACCUGGAAGUAUUCAGGGUUUGCAUAAUCAAGCUUAAAGCUUUAUCUCCUUCUACGUGCCAUUUCGCAAGUUGUUCUAAUGAAAAAAAAAACAAAAAA